GAGGUCCUCCAACCCCGAAGAAGAAGUGCCGCCGCCGUGACGUAGCUCGUUAGUAGUAAAUGGCGGUCUCGAACAGGGUGGACUGUAAACAUUUCCACGGUUCUAACUGUCGGUUCUUGUGCCGCGCUGACAGCAGAUUCACUGCCGAGGGGACGAAAACGAAGCAACAAGCUUAACUUAUGGAUAACGAGGACGGCCACGAAGACAAGGACGACAAGUCUGAAGUGGCCGAGCUCCGCCUGAAAGUAGAGUCUUUGAAGCAGGAGCUGAAAGAGUGCAGAGCCGAGCUGACCAAGUUACAGAAGCAGCUGAACCACUCCGAGAGGCUGCAGAGGAGCACAGAGAGCUACAACGAAGACCUGAGGAAACAGGUCGAUCAGCUAAGCGCAGAGAUUCAUGAGCGGAAGAAGAAAGAUAAAACCCGAGUCCACAGUGAAACUCAGACAGAAGAAUAUGUAUGGACAGAAACUGAUUAUUACAAUUACUACUAUGGAGAAUACAGUCAGAAGCCAGAGGUGGCAGAAACUCAAGAAAGCCAGAACGCAGCAGCAGCAGCAGCAGCAGCGGUGGACACAACAGAUUGCAGCCAGACAGCAGAGGUCUCUACACCAGAUGAAGCAGCAGCUGAAGAUGUGUCGGGUCAAACAGACAAUAGUGUUACAGUAACAAAAGAGGAGGGUGAUGGCGGAUCCAUAGCUGAUAUGUUGAGAGCCACUGCUGAGGAGGCUAUGACUCAGACUGGAUUUGUCUUUGAUGAGACUACUGGGAUGUAUUACGAUCACAGCACGGGCUUCUACUAUGACUCGGCCAGUCAGUUGUACUAUGAUGCCAAUACAGGCAUAUACUAUUACUACGACGCAGACAGCGGACGAUACCAAUUUCAUUCCAGGAUCGAGGUUCCUGCUGCACAGACGAGUGCAGAGCCUUGCCAAGAAAAGAAUGCAGCUGAAAAGAAAAGCAAGAAGUCCAAGAAAGGAGUCAAGAAAACAUCACAUCAGGAUGAAUGGGAACGGAAAUGUGAUGAUGUUAAGCUGGAAGAAGAAGAAGAAGAAACUGAAUGGGUUGAACGGCAAACAGUUAAGAGGAACACAGAACUGCGAAAACUAAAACGCAGUUCUCGCAGUCCAGACGUGGCUCCACGAAGAAAAGAUUCUUCUAAACGUCGGGAAAAGAAGGACAAAUCAUCGUCAAAGAGGAAAAGGCAGAAAAAUGGCUCACAUCACGACGAUAAGGAAAAGUCAAGGAAGAAAUCUAAGCCAGAAAAGCGCAAAAAGAAAAAGAAGCUGGCUCAGAGCGAUGAGUCAGAGGGGAACAGCGAACCAGAGGAGGGUGAGAUCACAGAGUCAGAAAAAGAAGAGUCAGAGUCUGCUUCUUCAUUCUCAUCAUCUUCAAGCUCUCCCUCAAAUGAAAGUCCAGAGUCAGAUAUGGAAACACAGAGUCAAGAAGUCAAAGACAUCUGGCCUCCCUGUGUGAGAGUGACUGUCGUCAGGUCUCCAGUACUGCAGGUGGGAACUCUGUUCAUCAUCACUGCCGACUCUCCAGCCACCAUUGGCAGAGAGAAAGAUAUGGAUCACGCAAUCCGAAUAGCAGAAAUGGGAGUCAGCAAGUUCCACGCAGAGGUUUACUUUGAUCAGGAGCAGCAGAGCUACGUGCUGGUGGACCAGGGGAGCCAGAAUGGAACAGUCAUCAAUGGCAACCGAAUCCUACAGCCUAAAACUAAAUGCGAGCCACAUGCACUGAUGCAUGGUGAUGAGGUGAAAAUGGGAGAGACUGUGCUGUCCUUCCACAUCCAUUCAGGGACUGACACCUGUGAUGGCUGUGAGCCCGGUCAGGUGAUGGCUCACCUCAGCAAGCACAGGAGGGAGGAGACAACUGGUCCUGCUCUCACCAAAGAGGAUAAAGAAUUACUGAGACAGAAAGAGCUGAAGCAGAUGAAGGCCAAAUAUGGCCUGCAAACGGGUGAGUACGAGGAGACCAAAGCCCUGAAGAACCCCAAAUAUAAGGACCGAGCAGAGUCUCGACGACAGACUGUGGGCAGCGAGGGUGUUUUCCAACGAGAUGAUGCUCCAGCUUCUGUUCAUGAGGAGAUUAGUGAAGUCAAUAAAGGACGGAAGAUGCUGGAAAAAAUGGGCUGGAAGAAAGGAGAGGGACUGGGUAAAGAGGGAAAAGGAAUGAAAGCCCCGAUUGAACUGAAAAUCAGAAAGUCUCAGUCAGGUUUGGGGGCAGGUGCCGCCAUGUCUGUGGAUGACAUGUCUGUGACCAGAUCGAAGUCCCAGAAGAACUGGGAGAAAGCGCGUGAGAGGUUCGCUGACUCGUGCCAGCCUGACAUGCUGCCACCCAAAGCACAGAAGAACAGGUCACCCAAAGCCUGGGUCAAAUCAGAAGAGAUGGAGACCACGCCAACAAGCUUUGAAACAGACGGCCAAAGUUAGGACUGAGUGAUAGCUCAAUGUAUAUAUUGUGGAUUCAACAGCUGUGUCGGUGCUCCUUCAAGAAUUGGGAUAUUUCUUUUUCUUUCUUUUUUUUACACAGACUGAAGCAAACAUUACUGAAGACUCCAGCUGAAUCUGAACGGAUUUUUUUCUUGUACCUCUUUGUACCACAUAAGAGAGCUGAGCACAACCACGUCAUCAUGAUUUAUUUGUGUCCAACUGUAAAACACUAUCAACCUGUUGUUAAGCGAACAGAACUUGUAAAAGUCACUUGCAGUGGUUCUGGAAUAUGUCUUUUCCCCUUUCUAUGUUUGGAAUGUUUCUUCAGAAAAACUCACAAGAGUAGCAGCUGACAGAUAGAACUGCAGUGUUUCACGGUCCAGUGUGUCAGCAGUUCAAACUGCAGAGCUGCCACCGGGCCUCCCAGUAAAACGAGGACGAGAAUCACCUCAAGCAAAUAUUGACACAGUGAAGCUGUAUUUCUCACAAUGCGAUCACGCUGUGAGGAGAUAACUGCAGAUCUGUUCAGACAGUGCCGUAACUGAUCACGUUAAACCAGUCGCAACUGCUUGGCGCACUGUGCAAAUGUGGCAUAUUAAAUUUUGAACACGCUCAA